GCCCUUCUCAGCCUCCUCCCAGAAUCUACUUUAUUCUUCUUCUCCUGUUCUCUGCACUUAUCAUUAAUACCAAUUUCAUAUCAGGAAGCUCCAGUUUUUACAGGAAAAAAGGUUUUUAAAUUUCUUCUUCAUUAUACAGAAGAAUGAAGUCAGCUGCACUAUAUUACACUGGGUGUGAAGAUCACCACUACCAACCUCAUUUUCUUGAUGCUUGCACUCUUUGCCAGAGACCCUUGGCUCACAACAGUGACAUCUUCAUGUACAGAGGGGAUACACCAUUUUGUAGCCAAGAAUGCAGACAAGAGCAGAUAGAAAUGGAUGAAGCUAAUGAAAGAAAAUGGAAACUUUCUGCAUCAAAGAGAUCCUCAAGAACAAAAACAGAAACCCCAACCAAAGAAACUGAUGCAAAUAAAGCUGUGAGAAAUGGCACAGUUGCAGUGGCGUGAAAUUUUCAAUCCUGGGAUUUAUUGAGGAGGCUACAAGUCAAAAAAAAUAAAUAAAAAGAAAGAAAGAGAAUGGUUUCUGAUGUUGGAAGUACUUUCCGAAUAUGGAGAAAAAUAAGGAGGAAUUUUGACACAGUUCUAUGAUGUUUUGAGUAAAAAAGAUCUUGUGCAAAGAUAUGAUGGGAAUCACGAAGAAGAUGAAGAGAGUGAAUCCCAUCAAACAAUUUUGUUGAAUUUUUUUUUUUUGGCGAUUUCUAAUAUUUCCUUUUGUGAAAUAUUUGUGGAUGUAAAUUAAAUGGGCGUCCAUAUAUGGAAUCUGAGAUCUCUAAUCUUUGUAAUCUUCAUCUUU